AUGUUCACCACACAAUCAAAUUCAUGGGUACAAUCCGUAUCAUGGCCACGAGAUCGCAAACCCUUUAGAAUACCACAGCGCCAGAUAGCCCUCCGCAAAGAACACAUCGCAACUACCGACACACAUCUCCUGCUUAAACCACAAGGCGGAGCCCAAUCGGCUGUCCGAUUCAAGAUCAUUGACGACUACAACGACUCAACAAAGUUCACAGUGACAGGCAAGAAGUAUAGCGAUCGCUCAUGUCGAGAAAUCCGCGACUCAUCCGGUCUACCCUUAUUCGAAAUCCACGAAAAGGCCAGGUUCGCACAUAAGUGGUUUGUCACCCUACCCGGCAGCAACGAAGCCACCGUAGCCAAUGCAGCUGUGAAGUACUCGUUGAAGUAUGGGAUCAAUGACUUUGGUAUGUCAUUUGAAAACCAAGCUGCCCUGGAGACGAAAGAUCAAGAGAACAAACAGGUCAAUUUGGUUGUGGAGAGGCAUGGUAAUAGCAUUCCGCGGUUUGAUGUUGUGGAUGGGGAUCGGACGGUGGCUUGUGUGAAGGAGAGUUGGGAACAUAACAGGACUUGGCCGCUAAUGACUACGGGUUACCGCAAGACUCAGCCUGUUCUUGAUAUUUCUGUAGCUGCUGGUGCGGACUUGUCAUUGGGUGCUGCUGUUGGUGUGAUUUUAUCGGAUUGGGCAUAUAUGGCUUAUAAGUGA